AUCUGUUGUGCAAGUAUUUACAUGCAUGUCAUUCAGCUUGGUGAAUUGGGGUUAAUAAUCUCUUGAAUUAAUAUUCUGGUCACAUUUUCCCAAAAAAUAUAUAUGCCACGGAUAAGUGGAAAAAAUCCUUUAUAAGUCCGAUCCUCACCACACACAUCAUUCAGUGAGAAUCGUUCGGUGUUUAUUAGUUGCUAAAAUGCUUAAUCAUUUAGUUUGUUUAUUUGUUUUGAGUGCUAGUGUUGGCGCCAGUGACAGUUCACUUCCAAAAGAUUAUUUUGAAAAUGAGUUUACUUUGGGUGACGAACGGCAAAAUGAUCGUAAUGCAAUGAAAUCGUCGACAAAUAAAUGGCCAAAUGGUAUUGUUCCAUAUCGUUUUGACGAUGGCUACACUGAGAAAGACCGUGCUGCCAUUCUGAAUGCCAUGGAAGUAUUUCGGAAGAAAACGUGCAUAAAGUUCCACUUCAAGCGCACCACUGAUACAUAUCAUAUAAGAUUCAAAAAAUCCAACUCCGGUUGUGGCACAUUGGUUGGCUACAAGGCGAAUCAAAGCGAACCCAUUGAUAUUUAUCUAUCGGAAAAUUGUUUGAAAUUAUCUGGAGCGAUUCAACAUGAACUGUUACACGUUUUAGGACUAUGGCAUGAACAAUCAAGACCUGAUAGAGACGAAUAUGUUGACAUCAUUUGGGACAACAUUGAACCAAAUCAUCGACACAAUUUUGCAAAGAAAGACAACGAUUUGGUGGAAACAUUCAAUUUACCAUAUGAUUAUGAUAGUUUAAUGCAUUAUCCGAAAAAUGCGUUUGCAAAACGUGGAACCAAUUACACUAUUGUUGCAAAGCAUAAUACCAGUCGUAAAUUGGGACAAAUAAACAGUCCGAGUGAAUAUGAUGUGGAAAAGAUUCGUCGAAUGUACAAUUGUCAAUAAAGAAAAAAAGAAUGAUGUAUGUGCAUAAGGUGCAUGAGUUUCGUCGCAUUUUCCACAGAUACCGGCAUUUUGAUAACCUAUAUUAAAUUACUGAGUUGCGCGCUGCAUACAAAUAUAUUUGUACAUUAUACACAAUAAAAUUCAAUUAUCCACUAUAGUUGUAGUAGCAUUAAUGUUUCAUUUAAAUUGGAUAAGAGUUGUACAAUUUUUCGUGAUUUGCAUUGAAAAUUAGAUUUGU